GGAGUAACGUGUUUGUCACCGACCAAGAGAGAGAGAACUUAUUCCCAAGCACUCCUACCCUCUCAUCCCAGUCCUUCUGAGCUUUUCAGGGAUAAAGCACACACAUGCUUGCACAUGGACAUGGGAAACUGGCUAGGACGAGUAAUCUGAGAUAAACGAGUGUGGGAAAGAACGAGAAACACGAGAGACUGCAUCACGCAGACAUUCCUCAGCAGGGAGACGAGGAGGAAAAAAACACCCAGCGCACAUCUGGAGGAGAAAGUGGGAGGAAGGGACCGGCAGAGCCGCAGAGGAACGGAGCGAUUUAACGAAAGCGUGCGUGUUUAUGUGAUGGCCUUGGAGGUCCCGCGUCCAGCCUUACGAGAAGCAGCGACCCCCGACUCCGAGGAAGAGGGUUAGAGACUCCCGUCACCCCAACGACCCUCAAGACACAAGAAUGAGUGGCGAUGUCCUCUAGCUAACCUCUCACAGCGUUCAUCGUGUACCCGUGGAUGUUUCAGGUAUUCGGACGCUCCAGCGGUUGUAUGGCCGUGCGCAGGCUGGUGGUGGUGGCAGCGGCGGUGGCCCUGCUUUCUCUGGUGCUCAACAACGUGGCGACGUUCAACUCCAGCUGGGUGCUGCAGGUGCUAGAGGAAGGACGGCGGCGGAGCGUGGGGCUCUGGAGAGUGUGUUUGCACGAGGACACACACACUCACGAGCCCACAGCCUGCCAGAGACUCAGCUGGGGAUCGGAUCUCGCGGGGUAUCAAGAGUCACGCAGCACUGUCAAACUUCAGUUUGACAUGAUGCGGGCAUGUAACCUGAUGGCUACGGUGGCUCUGACCGUGGGUCAGCUAAUCUUCCUGUUUGGGUUACUGGAGAUAAGCCACAUUACCCAGGAUUCUCAGUGGUGGGAGGAAGCCAUCGCUGCCCUGUUCCAGUUAGCCAGUUUUGUGCUGGUGAUCGGUCUGGUGACGUUCUACAGGAUCGGCCCCAACACUCAGCUUUCCUACGCCUGCUAUGCUAACAUCGCUGCUUGCUUGUUUGCCACACUAGCGGCCGCCAUGCUAAUCUGGAAUAUUCUGCAUCGGCGUGAUGACUGCAUGUCUCCGUCGGUCAUCGUCAUCAGCCGAUCUCUGACCACACCCUUCAGGCCGCGCCUAGACAAUGACUACGUAGAGUCGCCAUGCUGACACACAAAGACACAUCUCACCUGAGACAAAACACAGGGUGGAUAUUUAGAUGGACGGACACAAAUUCACACGGAGAGGAUUUCUAUCAUUUUAUGUGAAACUGAUCUCCUGGACAUGCUUAAGGAUGAGGGCAGUGAUCCUGUGACCGCAGAAAGUGGUUUUGGACUGAAUGGAAGACUUUUAAAACUCAUUAAACACAGAAGCAAGACUAUGGACAGAUAAAGAUCAAGCUGGAUCUUGACACGUUUAUAUUCAUAACUGCACUGAAGAGAAAGUAGAAGCCCAUUAAUAUGCACAUGUAUCUGUAAUAGUUCUAUGAAACAUGGGGUUUCAGAUUUUCAUUGAAUAUUGCUCCCAGGUCAAUUGAAUACAGUCCUUUACAGGCCGGCAUGGAAUCUGCACUUAUACAUGUUUUCUGCUAACUGAAGGAAAAAAAAUUCUGGAUAGAUUUUAAUUGGGAAAUUUUACAAAAACAUGUCCAAUCACAUUUUACUCCAUUCUAUUUGAUUCAAUUAUUAUUUUUUUAGUGCUUUGCAUAAAAAAACAAGUUUAUUUUUAGAAACAUUGCAAUAUUUUGCAUUAUGACAUUACAUUUAUAAUAAAUAAGCUCAUUCGCCCUCAAAUUCUCAAUAUUAUGUGUCCAGAUGCUUUACCUUUGAGCUUUUUUGUAUUUAUUUAUUUAUUUUUAAAUUGAAAUAACCAUAAAUUAAAGCAGUAAAACAAAUAUACAAAACAAAAAAAGUGAAAUAAUGUAAUGAGAACAUUUUUAUGAAAAUAUUUUUAUGAAAAUAAAAAUGUGUAAUUGCUUAUUUUUGUUUUAGCAAAAAAAAAAAUGUUAAUUUUUUUUAUUAUUAUUUUUAAAUUGAAUAUGAGAAGGAACAAGAUAGAAAUCAUGGAAUUUUUUUUUUUGACUUCAGUAAUGAGAACUGCGGGGAAAUUUUGCUUAAUUACAAAGAAAAUUUGCUUAAUUGCUUCAUUUUGUUUAUGAAAAAUAUAAUUUAAUUAUUUUUUUGUUUUGGUUUUUGUUUUUAUUGUGGAGAGAGAUUUGCCACCCAAAUAUGUAAAACGUGUCAAACAGAGCUGGAAGUAUUAUCUAAUUAAUCCAAAAUAAUCAUUCUAUGAAUAUGUGAAGACGACUCGAUGGAAAUUUGGAGGAGCAGAUUCUGUGCAGGUCGUGCCAUUUGGUACCAAAAUUAUUUUAGUGACUAAUGCCUGUGCAUUCAUCUGAUAUGACAUAAUCUACAAGAUGCCCAAUGAGGAAACUCUGUAUAGUCACAAUUAGGAAGCAGAUGAUCUGAAACUGAUCAUCAUUUUAUGAUAGAGUGGAACUAUAUAAGUUCAGUAAACAAUAGUCAUUAAUAUUUGCUAACCUGUGCCUGUGGUACCCAUUUAUGAGUAUAAUAUAUAGCUAUAUUAAGUAUAUUAUUAAAAUUUCACAUUUCACUCUGAGCGGGACUGGUUUAAUAUUAUUAAAGAAAUAAACAUAAAGUCAUUCAACACUCAAA